UGUUUUUCCGGAAAUGUACUAACAUGUAACAAAAGUUACAUGAGUGUUAUCUCAAUGUCGUUUCUGUGUGUGUUUUUCCAAUAAAUAAAUUCGCAAACCAAUACUAUUUCUUAAUACAAGUAUAUGUGAGUGAUUUAGGAUAAUGAAAUAUUGCGUACAUUCAUUCUUAGUAGUAUUGCUUUGCAUCACAAGGCAUUAUGAAUGCAGAUCAAAUGCCCAAUAUCACAUAACUACCUACAAUCAAGUACCAUCACGUCCUUCAAUAGAUGUAAAGGCUUUUGAUUCAUCAGUUAUGGGGUACGAGAAAAAUAAAAACCCUAAUUGCUUCGGAUUUCGACCUCGGUUUCCAGGUCGCAGUACGAGUACCUCAACGACUCCAGCACCAGCCGGCAAAUAAACUAUGUUUUUGAAUGUAAAUGUGAAUAAAUGAAUUGGAAUAAUGUAUCCUAAAGCAAGAGAAUGAACAUCAUUAAGUUCCACCUUUCGCAUAUUAGAUCCUACUGUGAAACUCUCGAAGGAACAAGCUCCGCUGGUAAUAAUAUAAAACCCAAAAAUUGCCAUACGCACCUCCCUGGAGAGAGGUUAAAUUCCAGAAAGUAUGGAUACUGUAUAGUUAAGUAUAGUAACACAACUGAAACAACGAAUAAAUCGGAGCAGUUCAAAAAAGUGUGAAUCUAUGUAUAGAUAAGUCGUUUAGCAUAACAGAAGAACUGCUAAACAGAAAACGAACUAUAUACCAACGAUGACUGUGGAAAUCACCUGGAUCAGUGAGGACGAUGGCUCAGUAUCCUGCUUACUAUGCUUUAGCACUCCUCGAAUUCAUACCAUUUAUCUAUACAGGAUGGCGACCUCACUCUUCCUAAUUUGGUUAUCAAACGAUUACAUCCAGCACCUAUUAUAAAUAAUAUUUUCUACUUUUAUAGAAAGCAUAAUCUCCUAAAUGAAGAUAUAAGACAGAGGUUAGAUACACCGACAAUACUUAUAGACCUUAACAAAACAACACAACUGAUACGAUAUGGGUAUAUGAGGAGACGACCUGGAGAUAGACUACUCCAAAGGAUUCGGAGCGGUUUCCAAGACUUAGAAGAAAGGGGGCAACGCCGAAAUGAACCUGGCACCAAGAUAUAGCUCAGCUACACAGUGAUCUGUGGCAGAAUACAAAGGCUUGGACAAUAGAAUGCGAUAAAUGACCAAUGUAGCUCUAAAACAACCGCAGCAUAUAUAUUGUAGCGUUUUUCUGGGUUCUUUUGGGUGUGGAUUAAAACACUGGAUUCCACAAGAAGAAAUGCACUAAUUUAUUUAACUCGAUAAAACAUUUAUAUGCACCAUUAUUUAUGUCUGACUAAUUCUUAUGUCACCAUUGACUGCACUAUACUUCUCUCCGCUCUGCUACUCUACCGUAUUCCGUACUCUGCCUCCAUCUUCCGGCCGGCGAGCUAUAUAUAGACCCCAUUUACCCCUUCGAGAAAAACCGGGUGAACCACAGAACGACAUGUAGAAUGUUGAAGAUCACUUCGAGUCGAUCUAGAAGGCGAACCACUGUCACGGUCCUCACAGACGCCGCCUGGCGGCUUGUGCGGCAGUGGUUCGCCUAAAAGCAGAGAUCGGCAAUUAAGAUCUGGCGAGUAGGAGACUCGCCCAACAGAUGGCGCUAUUUGUCACAAUAUUAUCUAUAUAGAAUUUCACACUUUUUUAUGACCCUGUUUUUUCAGCAAUAACCGCUCAUCCCUACUCCCAGAAAAUUAUCCACCUCAAUCUAUCCAUGGAUUUGAUUUACCGUGCUAGAAAAAGUUAUUAAUGUGGAGCAGAAUCAACGUUGGAACUAAAAACGGACGUUGUGUACAUCAUGUGAAAUCGAGGAUGGAAGGUGUGAGCGUAAUAUAAAUCAAGGCGAACCAGGAUUGAGGAAUCUUCCAGUGAUAAUGGCGGUGUUAUGCAGGUUACCAAACAAAGCUGGUGGAAAUUUUCCAUAAUAGAGCAUACACAAUCUAACUGGAUGUUUUAUAUCACAAUAUUUUAUGUCAUGAUAAAUGCAUUAACACUUAAAUAUGCA